AGUAUCGGGUCAGGAAGCGGAGGAAACGUGGUAGUCGGGUCAGGGGUUAGUAUGGGCGGUGGAGUGACGGUAGCGGGAGGAGGGGUUGUCGUUGUCGGUGGAGGAAAAACUGGUGUCGGAGGAGGAGCAGGAGGAGGAGGAGGAGGAGGAGGCGGUGGAACGAAUAAGGAGGUCCGGUACGCUCCAUUCUCCUCAUCCAUAGGACCGACCGGUUCCGUGGCGCCGGGGAACCUGCCGCCGCCGCCACCGCCGCCGCCCCUGCCGCUGCAGAUGCAGCAGCAGCGUGCCUACUCGAGGUCGAUGACGUCCCUACCGCCUGAGCCGUUUAUGAUCAUGAGGUCGAAGGCCCUUAACAGACGGGUCUCGAUCAACGUCGGUGGCGUUAAGCACGAGGUACUAUGGCGUACCCUUGAAAGGUUACCGCACACGCGUCUCGGCCGUCUCAAGGAUUGCAACACCCACGAGGCGAUCACAGAACUCUGCGACGAUUACUCUUUAAUCGACAACGAGUACUUCUUCGAUCGGCAUCCAAAGUCCUUCAGUUCGAUAUUGAAUUUCUAUCGUACCGGCAAGCUACAUCUCGUCGACGAGAUGUGCGUACUGGCGUUCAGUGACGAUCUUGAGUACUGGGGUGUCGAUGAGCUCUACCUCGAAAGUUGUUGCCAGCACAAGUAUCAUCAGCGAAAGGAGCACGUGCACGAGGAAAUGCGCAAGGAGGCUGAGUCGCUGAGGCAAAGGGAAGAGGAAGAGUUCGGUGAAGGACAGUGCGCGCAAUAUCAGAAGUGGCUCUGGGAUCUACUCGAGAAACCGACUACGUCCAUCGCUGCGAGGGUGAUAGCUGUGAUAUCAAUACUCUUUAUUGUGCUUUCGACGAUCGCACUAACUCUCAACACCAUUCCUAGUAUGCAAUUGAAUGAUGAGAAGGGGAACUUUCAAGACAAUCCACAGCUCGCGAUGGUGGAGGCUGUGUGCAUCACAUGGUUUACCCUCGAGUACAUGCUUAGGUUCAGUGCCUCGCCGGACAAGUGGAAGUUCUUCAAGGGUGGUCUCAAUAUAAUCGACCUACUGGCAAUACUGCCAUACUACGUAUCUCUGUUCCUGGUCGAGACGAACAAGAACACGACCGACCAGUUCCAGGACGUGCGCAGGGUAGUGCAAAUCUUUCGUAUAAUGCGGAUCCUGAGGAUCCUGAAGCUGGCCCGCCACUCGACCGGGCUGCAGAGCCUUGGCUUCACCUUGCGUAAUUCGUACAAGGAGCUGGGCCUGCUGAUGCUCUUCCUCGCGAUGGGCGUUCUCAUAUUUUCGAGCCUCGCCUAUUUCGCUGAGAAGGAGGAGCCCGGGACCAAAUUCAUAAGCAUUCCAGAAACAUUUUGGUGGGCGGGCAUCACAAUGACCACCGUCGGAUACGGCGACAUCUACCCCACGACCCCGCUCGGCAAGGUGAUCGGCAGUGUGUGUUGUAUAUGUGGUGUCCUGGUAAUCGCGUUGCCCAUUCCCAUUAUCGUUAACAACUUCGCUGAGUUCUACAAGAACCAGAUGCGCCGGGAGAAAGCCCUCAAGAGGCGGGAGGCUCUCGAGAGGGCUAAACGUGAGGGCAGUAUCGUGUCCUUUCAUCACAUCAAUCUGAGGGACGCCUUCGCCAAAAGCAUGGAUUUGAUCGACGUCAUCGUUGACACUGGUCACAAUUUGUCCGGCGUGGAUGGUAACAGCACCGAGGGAGAGUCCGCAUGUGGACGUGGCCCUGCCCAGACUGGGCCAGGCUGUUAUCGUAACUAUGAGCAUUACAGUCUGUCGCGGCAUCGUCGUAGCGCCUCGACCUGCUUCCCGAAUUUGCCCAACGAUCUGCCGACAACACCAGACAGCCCGAAUCGCCGUCUGUUGGAUUUUGCUCAAAGCGUACCUGGAACACAGAACGACGACUACUUUCACGACGACGUACCGGCCCAGCACGUGAACCAAGGCAAUACCACACCUAGCGAUGAAGAGAAAAAAGACAGCAGAAAAUUCGAGAAAAAUGAUGAAAUACCUAGCGAAUUCGAGUGUUGCUUUUGUACUACGAAGGAGUACAAAGACUUCAGAGACGCCGAAAAUAUAAUGCCACUGGCCACCAGCGACUUUCGUAACCCUAUCUGCCAAGAGAUGAAAUCGAUGCGUUCCGGAGCGUUGAUGGAAGUUGCACACCAGCAGAUCUUCGGGAACGAAGUGAAACCGUCACCGGUUCAAGCUAUCGAUGCCUCGAGCUACGGGAAAAUGUACAACGAGCAAGGAAGCGUGGACAGCUCCGAUACUUAUGCCAGCUGCCAAACGCAUCCGUCUCAUUCUCAGGGUGAUCUGACCGAGGAGGUGGACAGUAAUCUGUAUGUGAACCCCCUGGAGGCCGCGGAGAAGUGUGGAAAUAGGGUGAAGAAAUCCGCUUCCGGUGAGGUCGGUGGUAACGUCACCGAUGUGUCGCCAAGCGUCGAAUCGUUAAAGGAUGUUCGUCCAUUUAACGAGAGUAGCAAGGUUAUCUUAAAUGACACAGUGCCCAAACACAGAAAAAUUCGCAUUCAGCAGAGCGUAAGACCUCGCGCGCAAUUUAUCAGCGACCAAGGAAGUAUCGUGGCUCGUAGCGGUUUAAAAGAAAAUAUCCCGGAGAAUAAUUAUUGCGGAGGGCUACCUGGAGGCAGGCCAUUUGCGACGACCAACAGCAGCCUGGCCUCGGCUACGAGAAUUAUAAAUCAUCAUUUGUUCGGGUCGUCUGUCACUGGACCCAGACAUUACACAGGUCAUCGAAGACAAAUUUCAGGAACAAGUACCGAGAGCAAGCUUUCUCUGUCCGCUGAUUCGAUAGACAGCGAGGGUGUGCCAUUCAUAGACAGGCAUCACCGUAUCUCCAAGUCGAUCCUAAAGAAAUCCGAGAGUAGCAGCAACUACUACAGCAACACCGGCGAUUCUGACACGGAGAAGCUUAUCACCGAUAACGCCUCGACCAUAAGCAUGUGCGACAACGACACCAACACCUGUGACGUUUUCGUCGGGAACGUGAACGGGAUGAGGCUGAAGCAACCUGUAUCACCGUUGCUCUCCAAACAAGUGCUCGAGUCGAUCUUCCGUACAAACAAUAACCUCGAGAGAGAGAGCGAAGUGGAUCAAGCCGGGCAAAAGAACUCUGUUUCGAAGAUUAGCAGAUCGAUAUUCGACGGCGUCCUCGAAGAGGGGAAAUACCUGCAAGACGAGAUAACGGCGGAGAACAAUAACAAAGGAGGUGGAGAGGAACGAGAGGGAAAGAAAUCAAAGGACAAUCAGACGCUGUUGAUAUGUUCGUUACGGUCUCACAAGUUGAAGAAACUGAGCGGGGAGGAAAAACGAAAGGUGAAGACGAGCGGUCACAGUUGCAAAUCCACCGACACCAAUUGUCUUCCUCAGGAGCACCGUUUCUCUUCGUAGCGUAACUUUCCUCCGCGCGGCAUCCUCCCCUUCUAUCCCAUAUACAUGCAUACUAAAUACGUAUACAGAUACGAAACAGAAUCACUCUGCGAUCGCAACGUCAGUGUUCCUCUUUCAGAAACGUCGUUAGCCACUAAAAUGUAUAGUAAUAACGUUCACAGGACCGUAGAUAUCCGCAGAUUCUCAACGCCGCCACACUUUGUCGCUUAACUGGCCUGUAUGUGUAAAUACAAAAACUUGUAGGAACAGCGUGAUAACGUUAAUGAGGGUGAUAUACGUUCGAUAAUUGGUGUUAGGGCAGAUUAUUAAUUCAGACAAUGUACAAACGCAUUGUGAACAGAGAAGAAAGAUAUUUUCAAAAGAAACGAAGCGAAAUAGAACUGUGAAGCGUGUAUAUAUUUGCGAAGAGAUAAUAUUCAACAAGGAUGCGGAGGUAACAAACAACGCAAGACAAGUAAAAG